AGAGAGUGUGUGCGUUGGGGGGGGCAGGAAGUCUGUUUCCCCACAAACUCACUUCCUCUUUCUUACCCAACAUAGUUCCUGCAGGCAGGGAGAUGCACCCUGGCACCCCAGCCACCUCAGGGCUCCCUGAACCUGCACCCCAGGAGCUGUGCGCCUUCGUGAGUGGGGUGGCUGCCCAAAUCUUGAGGACCCUGCAGCCCCGGAAGGCUCGGCCCUCCCGGAGAAAACCCAACCACCGGAGAUUCCUCUACAACCAGCUGUGCAGGAGUUUUGCCGAUAUUGAGGAAGCCACCCAACACUUGGCCCUGACCGUCCUGUCCCAAGGGGGCCCAGGCCCCCAGCCCAAGCCCCGGCUCCAGCGGCCUCCCUCCCCCUUCCUCGGGGUGGCCCAGGCCCUGGCUGCUCCAGAGAGUGCUGGGCCAGGGCUGGCCCUGAGUCCCAGGGCUCUCCAGAACCCGACCCAUGAGCUCUUUGAGAUCAUCCCUUUGAGUCCCAGGCUGCAAACCCCUGGCCCUUCCCUUCUUCCUCCAGUUACUGAAGACCCCUCCGUGCCCGCCCAGGUGCCCCCUGCCUCCUCCCUGUCUGUCCAGGCUCCCCACCUCCCCCCACUGACCUUCGGCCCCACGGACCUGUCCAGCAAUACUAUAGAGACCCAGUACCAGGAGCCGGGUCAGUGUCUUCCCUACGGAGCCAUGGCCCUGGCCCCCUUGUCCCCCCGUGCCCUGGGGGUCUUGGAGGGGACCCUGGCUGCAGGGACGUGCUGGGCUGCUGAGACAGAGCCGUCCCGGCUCUGCGGGGGCCCGAGGCUGGGGACUCUCUGCCCGCUGGACGCCCCUCCUGGCUCCCUCUGUCCCUGAGCGUCCAGUUCAGUCCAUCAAGGACCGGCCCGUCUCCUCCUCCAGCUAGCGCUCCCGGACCGGCUUCCUUCGUCCCGGUCAGUUUCUCCUUCAUCCUUUCUCAUCUCGGUCUCUAUUCUUCACUGAGUCCUCUCUGGGGGUCCUCUCGGUCCCCUCCCCCUCCCCCGCAAGUCCAGCACGCCCCUAGCCCGGAGCCCAGGACUCAUCAGGUGCUUAAUAAAUGCUAGCAUCGAAUCUGAGUUGUUUCUUUCCUCCAAGCGCCCACCCACCCCCUCCCCGCGCGCACGCGCAGAUACGCUCCAGGCGCUAAGGAAGGGAUGGGGGAAGGUGAUGAUUCCACUAGGAGACUAGUGACGUCACCACACCUCGAGCCUCCUCAUUGGUCCAUAGGGGCUUCCGACGCCCCAGCCCUGGCCUCUGCCUUCUACGUAAGCACUCGCGACCUUGGCUUUCACGCCCAGCCUGCACGCCAGGCUCCAAGAAACCCCUCCCUCCAAAAGAUCUUUCUGCCUAUGUCUAGAGAUGGCAACCGCCCGACUGGCCCUGGGCCGCGUGCUCCCCGGCUCUUCCAUGCUCUUCCUAUGCGACAUGCAGGAGAAAUUC